AUCGCUAUUAGUCAGUCCGACAACAAGCUGUGCUCCACGUUGUUUACGAGUUGAAUUUGAAACUUAAGGUUAAAUGAAAAUGAAGGAGAAGCGUAAACAUUUUGGCUCAAGGCCUAAACGAAAUGACUUACGAAAGGACAAAAAACCGCCGAACAAACACAAAUUCAUACAAAGAAGCAGACAAAUGGAGCAAAUGCAUAGAACUGAGAGUCAAUAUCAGAGCACAAUUGAUGAUGGAUCUAAAUUAACUGCCGAUCUUCUACCAGAACUGCAAGACGAAGCGCAAUUCUAUGAACAGCUUGUAAGUGGAUAUAGCUCGACAAUAGCAGUUCCCACAGUAAAAAGUGAAGAGAAAUGUAUUGCACAAGAAACAAAAGUUCAGGAAGAUGAUGCAGAAAUGGAUCAAACCCCUCAAGACAUUGCAGAUAUAAAGAAAUUAAAUGUCUUUAGGAAUCGAUUUGAUUUUGAACUAGACUCAGAUGAUAUUUCUGCAAUAAUUGCAAAAGACACAAAAGAGGUGAAAGGCAAAUGGUCUGCAAUUGGAAAUUUCAAAAUCGAGAAACCAAACUUAAAAUCUACUGUUGACUCGGAUGAUAAUUACAAACAGCCUGCAAAUAUUUUAAAAGCAACGGAUCUUCAGUUAUUAAGAGUACAACCAUCACUAACAUUGAAUGUUUCCUAUCCCUUAUCCACUGUACAAACGGAGCUCUUUCAUAUUGCCAACAGAUACUUGGAUCUUUACUAUCCUCAGCGAACUCUUGAUAAUGCGGAGGAAAUUCGUUAUGUAUAUUGCCUGCAUGCAAUAAAUCAUAUAUUAAAAUGUAGGGCCUUGAUCUUGCGUAACAAUGAGAAAAUCAAUGAACUUCUCAAAGAUCCCACGCAACCGGCGAGCGAACUAUCCUUGCCAGACAGUGUCAGGGAUCAAGGUCUAACGCGACUGAAGGCGCUUAUUAUAUUGCCAUUUCGUGAUUCUGCUUUGAAAACUGUGCAAAUAAUAGCAAAACUGCUAUUCGAAAAUCGCAAGGAUCCAAAAACUGGCUAUCCGAUUACAAAGUACGAACGUUUUCUUGAAGAGUAUUCCGGAAAUACGGUUUAUUUCCCAAAAACCAAUCCCAAACCAGCUGAUUAUGUGCAAACAUUUAAUGGCAAUACGGAUGAUAAUUUUAAAAUCGGAAUUCGCCUGACUAAAAAAUCGAUGUCCUUGUACACUGAGUUCAGUGGAUCGGAUAUUUUAAUUGCUUCUCCGUUGGCACUGCGUAUGGUUAUUAAUGACAAGGACCAAGACUUUGACUUUCUGAAUUCAGUCGAGUUGCUGAUUAUUGACCAAGCGGAGCUGCUUCUAGCCCAGAAUUGGGAGAAUCUGCUGCAAGUCCUGGACCAUUUACAUCUGCAGCCGCAAAAACUGCCCGAAACUAAUUGCCAACGACUGCGUUCAUAUUGCCUCAAUGCCACGUCCCGCUUUUAUAGGCAAACCCUACUGUUUUGCUCGCACGAUCUGCCUGAAUUUCGCGGAGUCAUAAAUAAUAAAUGCCAUAAUUACCAAGGAAAAGUGCGCAUUAUCAAUCAGAUUGAAAGUGGAUCCAUAAGCAAUGUCCUAACGCCAAUCAAACAAGUUUUCCAGCGCAUCGAAAGCUCAAGUGUUGAGUCAGCUCUGGAGGAUCGCUUUCAGCAUUUCGUGCGGAACAUUUUGCCACAAUUCACAAAGUCUGGGUACUCGCAUUGUCUGCUUUAUGUGCCCAGCUAUUUCGAUUAUGUGCGCUUAAGAAAUCACUUUAAGAAAGAAAUGAUUAGCUUUGUCCAAAUAAGCGAAUAUUCAAAGAAGGAGAAAAUCUCCCGUGCGAGAGAUAUAUUCUUCCAUAGCGGUGCUCCAUUGAUGCUCUAUUCAGAGAGAGGUCAUUUCUUCCGGCGCACUCGUAUCAAAGGAAUCCGACACUUAAUAUUCUAUCAGCCACCAAAUUUUCCCAACUUUUACCCGGAGAUGAUCAACUUAAUGCUUGAUAUUAACCAAAACCGCAGAGAUGGCUUACAAGAUGUUAUGAGUGUUAAAGUCUUAUAUACCAAAUUUGAUUUACUUAGCCUAAGUAAUAUAAUUGGCAAUGAGAAUGCCUGGAAUCUGACAACAGGUGCCAGUGAUUCAUACCUCUUCUCGAAUAAGGAAUAAACAAGUUGUACAGAAAUAAAAGUAUAUAUAUAUAAUUGUUAUAACAAA